AUGCCUUCUGCUGCUGCGGCCAGUCCCGCGCCGCCGCCGUCGUCCCACGGCCGCUCCUCGCACGCGGCCACCGACGCCCAGCCCUCGCACGCCACCAAGCAAUCGCGCUCGCGCACCACCAUCCCUACGCAGUCUGGAAAAUGGAUUCUUGGAAAGACCAUUGGUGCGGGCAGCAUGGGUAAGGUCAAACUUGCCCGCAAAGAAGACGGCAGUGAACAGGUCGCUUGCAAGAUCAUUCCUCGAGGCUCGACCGACGAUAAUCACCAGAGCCGUGCCGAUAAAGAACGCGCCGACCAGUCGAAAGAGAUUCGCACCGCCCGUGAAGCUGCCAUCGUCACCCUCCUCAACCAUCCCCACAUUUGCGGCCUGCGUGAUGUCGUUCGUACAAACUACCACUGGUACAUGCUCUUCGAGUUUGUCAAUGGAGGCCAGAUGCUCGACUACAUAAUUUCCCACGGCAAGCUCAAGGAGAAGCAAGCCCGCAAAUUCAGUCGCCAAAUCGCUAGCGCUCUCGACUACUGCCACCGCAACAGCAUCGUUCACCGCGACUUGAAGAUUGAGAACAUUCUCAUCAGCAAGACUGGCGAUAUUAAGAUUAUUGACUUUGGCCUAAGCAACCUGUUUGCCCCGCGUGGCCACUUGAAGACGUUCUGCGGAAGCUUGUACUUUGCCGCGCCAGAGCUGUUGCAAGCCAGAGCCUACACAGGACCAGAAGUCGAUGUAUGGAGCUUUGGCAUUGUGCUCUACGUGCUAGUCUGUGGAAAAGUGCCAUUCGAUGACCAUAGCAUGCCCGCUCUUCAUGCCAAGAUUAAGAAAGGCCUCGUUGACUAUCCAAGCUUCCUGUCAAGCGAAUGCAAACACCUCAUGUCUCGAAUGCUUGUCACCGACCCAAAGCAGCGUGCGACGAUGCAGGAGGUCAUGAUCCACCCAUGGAUGACCAAGGGCUACAGCGGACCACCAGACAACUACCUACCUCUUCGCGAGCCUCUGACCCUGCCUCUGGAGCCCGAGGUUGUGCAUGCCAUGCAAGGCUUCAACUUUGGCUCUCCUGAGAGCAUCAACGCCCAACUGACCAAAAUCAUCGAAUCGGACGAAUAUCAACAGGCUGUCAGGUUGUACUACCGGGAGAGGAAGAUUUCCCAGCAGACCCCAGAAGUGGAAAAGAAGAAGAGCUUUGGAUUCGACUUUUAUAAGCGGCGCAAUUCUGGCUCCGCUAGCCGCGACACCUUGACACACCCGAGCUCUGAUGCGCUGCAACUGGGCAGUGAUCCUCUCAAUGCGUUUAGUCCUCUGCUGUCCAUUUACUACCUCGUUCGGGAGAAGCAGGUGAGGGAGCAAGAAAGCAUGCUUACGCAGACACCGGCGUCUGCCAAAGAAAAGGAGAAGCAGAGAGAACGCGAGCGUGAACGUGAGCGAGAAAGGGAGCGGGAUCGUGACCGUGAUGCGCGUGAUCGACCUAUUGAUGCCAUGCCUGAACUCGCCCCUCCGAAGGCGGCGCACACAAAUGCUGCAGCAUUCGAGAUGCCCGGAGAGAGGCCGACGGGUGGCCGUACACGACCACGGGCUCGCACUCACGGAGAGGACGAUGAACCCGAUAUUGUCAAGCAGCAGAAGCCACAGGACAAGGCGGAACCUACACCCAAGAAGGAAGGCACAGCGGCCGGCUUUCUGCGUCGCUUGAGCACGCGCAAGCGUAGAGACCCGCAACGUCACGAAAGAGACCGCUCACACCCGCCCAUGGUUCACGUUCAAUCUCCGUCCGAGCCAUCACCCAUGCCCCCACGCAAGAGCUUCAGUGUGCGUAGGACGCGCCCUGAUCCGGAGGAACUGCGGUCUGGCGGAAGUCAGCCGCAUCAUAAAGAGCUUCUCAGCCCCCCGCUUUCCUCGGGAGGCAGAUCUAACAAAUCGGGACUUGGGCGCUCAACUAGCGUCAACUCUGGCGACAUGCGUCGUCGCGAUGUGACCAGGGCGGCUCGCGAACAGGCUGUCACUAGCGGUAGUGACCAGUCAGUGGAGAAUGAUCUUCCCAGAAGCGGCCACAAGGGCCAUAGCCACUCGCAGUCCAUGACUAUGAGGGCCAAAUCUCUUGGUCACGCCCGUCGAGAGAGUGUUCAGCGUCGCCGACAACGAAGAGAAAAUCCGAUUGAAUCAAACGUCCCAGAGGAGACGGACGGAGAAGUUGAGCAGAGUGGGCAGUCCACAGAGCGGCUAGGCACCAGUGAGCUGGCGAAGCCUGUCUUCUUGAAGGGAUUGUUUAGCGUGUCGACAACGUCCGGCAAAUCUGUCCCUGCUAUCAGAGCCGAGAUACGUCGCGUGCUGGACGGGCUGAACGUGCAGUAUACGGAGAUCAAGGGGGGCUUCAGCUGCAGGCAUUCACCUAGCAUUGACCUGAAUAAGGUGCAAGACCCCCCUGGCACGGCUGGCGGGCAGUCGAGUGGUCACCGACGACGCUUCAGUUUCGGAGGAUUACGCCGUGGAGAUGACAGGGAUGACUCUGACAGAGGCCCCCUCACUCCAAGAACCCCAGGGCGUUCCGACAGAGAUCGCAGCGACCGGGAGAGGAGCGACCGAGAUCGCAGCUACUCCAACUCUGAAACAUCGGUCGACAGCAUUCCACGAAGGAAUGGAGGCACAACACGACGAGCACCGGGAGAAACUAGCACGCAGGUACAGAGCGAUCUGGGUGGUAGCAUGAUUUUGGAGUUUGAAAUCUUUAUCGUCAAGGUGCCGUUGCUGUCGCUGCACGGCAUCCAGUUCAAGCGCAUGGAAGGCAAUACAUGGCAGUUCAAGAAUAUGGCAGAUCAGAUUCUGAAGGAACUGAAGCUAUAA